GCGAACUGCGCACAAUGGCUACGUCCAAGGGUGCAAACACCUAUAAUCGUCAGAACUGGGAGGAUUCGUCCUUCCCAAUUUUGUGCGAAACAUGUUUGGGUCCGAGUCCGUUCGUCCGUAUGAUGAGAGAACGGUAUGGCAAAGAAUGCAAGAUUUGCGACCGUCCAUUUACCGUUUUCCGUUGGUGCCCUGGUCCAAAAGCACGGUUUAAGAAGACUGAGGUUUGUCAAAGCUGUGCCAAGGUGAAGAAUGUUUGUCAAACCUGCAUAUUCGAUUUGGAGUAUGGUCUGCCGGUGGAAGUCCGCGACAAGGCUUUACGAAUGUCCCAACAAAUUCCAAAAAAUGAUGUUAACCGCGAAUACUUUCACCAGCAGAUUGAGCAACAUUUGGAAACUGAUGGGGAUGUGACUGCGCCGUACGGUGGCCACCAGUUAAUUGGAAAGGCGCUGUCAAACACAACAGCAGCAAGUAGCUCCAGUGGUGGAGGAGGAACGGAUCUAUUGCUCAAACUGGCCCGCACAGCACCCUAUUAUCGACGCAACCGGCCGCACAUUUGUUCUUUCUGGGUAAAAGGCGAAUGUCGUCGAGGUGAGGAGUGUCCAUAUCGCCAUGAGAAGCCGACCGAUCCAGAUGAUCCACUGUCGGAUCAGAACCUAAAGGACCGAUAUUACGGUCACGAGGAUCCGGUUGCUGCCAAAUUGCUGUCCAAAUACGAUGCUAUGCCCAAGCUUGUUCCCCCAGAGGACCGUACGAUCACUACUCUAUAUAUUGGUAGUAUACCGGAUGAAGUGACAGAACGUGAUCUGCGCAAUCAUUUCUAUCAGUUCGGUGAAAUUCGUUCGGUCAACCUUCAUCCCAGACAGCAUUGUGCGUUCAUUCAGUUCACUACACGCCAGUCCGCUGAGAAAGCUGCCGAACGGUCCUACGAACGUCUUAUUUUGGGUGGCCAUCGGUUAACCGUGAACUGGGGUAAGUCACCGGCUGCUUUAGCUGCUGCAAACACUGUUUCAGGGGCUGACAGUAGUGACUCGAUUAGUCUGCCACCGGUUCCCGGGUUACCACUUCCUCCGAUCUUGCCACCAGCCGCUUUGCUUGGAAAGGCAGCCUUGAGUUUGAGUGGAGGUUUCCUGCUUUCACAACCACCGCCGCCUCCACCACCAGCGACGGAAGGAUCCAUGACUGGGUUUUCAUUAGCUCCUCCACCCCCGCCACCACCAUCCACACAAGCCUCUGGAUCACGUUCUUCGUUCUCCGUCCAGUUAGCGCCGCCUGUGUCUGAACCACCACCUCCAGGAGAUGUUUUCCUUCGGGGACCACCACCACCACCGUUACCGCCACCGCCUCCUCCACAUCCGAGCACCAUGGGUUUGACCAGUGCUCCCCCACCUCCACCACCGCCAACGCUAACAUCUAAUGUAACGGAACAAUUGAUGGGCAAAUCAGCUGCUCCGCGAUUCCCGUCGAUGCCACCUCCGCCUCCCCCACCACCUCCACCAUCUUCAUCCAGGCGAGCUGAGGUUGGUGCCCAGGAAGCGAAUGCCGCUCAAUUGGGUAUACACUACCCGAGCCAAAAUCCUCAACGUAUGGGGAGUGUGCCGCCAUCGCAGAAACAGGACUAGGAUGGUGCUCCUUAAUCGUUGUGCUGAUAACGCAUGCUUCCUAAAUGAUUCAA